AUGUCGGCUCAAACUAUCAUCGUUGAUGCCAUUCUCUUUGAUAUGGAUGGGACACUCAUAGAUUCCACACCCGGACUGAUCAAAGCAUGGGAGCAGUUUUGUAAGGACUACGAUCUCGGGGAUCCUACCAAAAUAAUACAUGAUACCCAUGGAAGGAGGCUUUCCGAUACCUUGAAGGACAUCUGCAAUAUUCAGGACGAGGAGAAGCUUUUGGUGGAGAUCAACCGUUUCGAAGAGCAUGUCAUUAUGGGAGGUCCCACCGCGUUGCCCGGCGUUCAAAAACUCGUCGAAGACCUUCAAUCGCAACAUCCUUCACGAUGGACAGUUGUCACUUCGGCCACCGCAUUUUAUGCCCCCCGGGCUUUGGAACGCUGCGGCAUCCCGCUGCCAAAGAAAGGAAUCAUCACCUCUGAUGAUGUUGAAAAUGGUAAACCUCACCCAGAUCCCUACCUUGCUGGUGCAAAGAAAUGUGGGGCUGAUCCACGACGGUGCCUUGUGAUUGAAGAUGCCAUUGCCGGACUGAUAUCCGGACGGAAUGCUGGUUCGAAGACGGUUGCGGUGUGCACGUCGACUUUGAGGGCGACGAUUCAAGCAUCAGACGCUCAACCGGAUUUCAUCAUUGACGACCUUACCAGAUUGAGCAUUGGACGGAAGAUGGAGGGGUCGCAGGGGAUUGAGGUUACGAUUGAAGAUAUGUAA